GUUCGAUCUUGACGUUCCACGAUAACAUUUACACACUAUUCAACACAUUUUAUACCGGAAGUACAAUAAUUAGGAUUUUAGAACUACAGCAUGCUCCUGCAACCGAUUUUCCAGUGGUCCUUGUCGCCGUUUACUCCAUCCCUCGCAAUUUCCCAUGCUCAAUUUCGCGUCUUGGUUUCGGAACCCGCCGUGAUUUGUUGCCGCUCGUCGCAGUCAGAAACGGCAGUCGUCAAUGGUAAUGUCGAUGGCAGGGUUGUCGAGAGGAAUGAGAUUCGUCUCGGUCUGCCAGCAAAGGUCACAUGGCUGAAGACACUCUCGAUUUACUUAAGGAUUGUCAAUUAUCUGUUAAACAGCUUAAUCCUCGCCAAUAUGUUGCACAAAUACCUCAGCUUACUAAUAUUGAAGUCUGGUUUCAACGGCCCAAAGAUAUUGUGCGGAAAUUGUUGUCUGGAGACUUAGAUCUUGGUAUCGUAUCAUGGGUCUUGAUGCAGUUAGUGAAUAUGGACAGGGGAAUGAAGAUCUGAUCUUAUCAUUGUUCAUGAUGCUCUGUAGUAUGGUGAUUGUCAUUUGUCCCAUGCAAUUCCCAAAUAUGGGAUCUUUGAGAAUAUCAAUUCGCUCAAGGAGCUAGCAGAAAUGCCUCAAUGGACUGUUGAGAAACCUCUGAGAGUUGCUACUGGCUUUACUUAUCUUGGCCCUAAAUUUGUGAGAGAGAAUGGAUUGAAACAUGUGACCUUUUCAACUGCUGAUGGAGCCUUAGAGGGUGCUCCUGUGAUGGGGAUAGCUGAUGCCAUUUUCAAUCUUGUGAAUAAUGGGACAACACUACGUGAAAACAACCUGAAAGAAAUUGAAGGUGGAUUUGUGUUGGAAAGCCAGGCUGUUCUUGUGGCUAGCAGGAAAUCCUUGAUCCAGCAGAAGGGUGCAUUAGACACCACCCACGAGGUUCUUGAAAGAUUGGAGGCUUAUUUGAGGGCAGUUGGUCAGUUCAUGGUUGUUGCAAAUAUGAGGGGUAGUAGUGCAGAGGAAGUAGCUGAGUGAGUACUGAACCAGCCUUCAUUAGCUGGUUUGCAGGACCCACCGUAAGUCCAGUUUUUUGUAAGCGUGAUGGGAAGGUCUCAGCUGAUUACCAUGCCAUAGUAAUUUGUGUGCCCAACAAGGCUCUCUACAAGUCUGUACAGCAGUUGAGAGCUGUAAGUCAUGACAAACUAUAACCUUACAUGUUGAAACUGGUGUUCCAUGCCUUAAGCAGAGUUAAUGAAGAAGUUUGAUUGAC